GCUUGGCGCGCGCUGCCCGCGGGAAGACCCGGCCGCCGCGCCCCGCCGCCGCCUCGCCGCCCCCGGAGCCAUGGCCGCGCUCGGCCACCCCGCCGCCUUCGGCCGGGCCACCCACGCCGUGGUGCGGGCGCUGCCCGAGUCCCUGGUCCAGCACGCGCUGAGGCGCGCCAAGGGCGACGAGGUGGAUUUCCCCCGCGCCGAGCGGCAGCACCAGCUCUACGUGGGCGUCCUGGGCAGCAAGCUGGGGCUGCAGGUGGUGGAGCUGCCGGCCGACGAGAGCCUCCCGGACUGCGUGUUCGUGGAGGACGUGGCCGUGGUGUGCGAGGAGACGGCCCUCAUCACCCGCCCCGGGGCGCCGAGCCGGAGGAAGGAGGUUGACAUGGUGAAAGAAGCGUUAGAAAAACUUCAGCUCAAUAUAGUAGAGAUGAAAGAUGAAAAUGCAACCUUAGAUGGUGGAGAUGUCCUAUUCACAGGCAGAGAAUUUUUUGUGGGCCUUUCCAAAAGGACAAAUCAACGAGGUGCUGAAAUCUUGGCUGAUACUUUUAAGGAUUAUGCAGUCUCCACUGUCCCGGUGGCUGAUGCGUUGCAUUUGAAGAGUUUCUGCAGCAUGGCUGGGCCUAACCUAAUCGCAAUUGGAUCCAGUGAAUCAGCGCAGAAGGCCCUCAAGAUCAUGCAACAGAUGAGUGACCACCGCUACGACAAACUCACCGUGCCUGAUGACGUUGCCGCAAACUGUAUAUAUCUAAAUAUCCCCAGCAAAGGCCAUGUCUUGCUGCACCGAACCCCUGAAGAGUAUCCAGAAAGUGCAAAGGUUUAUGAAAAGCUGAAGGACCAUAUGCUGAUCCCUGUGAGCCAUUCUGAAAUGGAAAAGGUAGAUGGACUGCUCACCUGCUGCUCGAUUUUAAUUAACAAGAAGGCAGACUCCUGAGUUGAGUCCCUCCCUAGUAGCCGGCAGUACUGCACUCACAGGCCAAUAACUGUACCCUCUCCUGUCAUUCUCAUUGACAAUCUACUGUGCCACUGUGCUACUAACUCUGGUUUACAAAAGUUUAAUUCUAAGUUUAAUUGCUUUGUUAUGCACCCUCCCCUCCCUCCCCUCACAGUGGUACCUAAGCUGUGGAUUUGCUAAAUGAAUUAAGCAAUUUAGAAAAUAUAGAGCUAAUGAAGUAUUGAAAUGUGAUUAAUAAUAGUAAGGAAACACUCAUUUUAAUGUUUGUACUAUCAGUGUGAAAUUGUUUAAUUGCCAAUAUAUGGUGAAGAAUGUCUUCUUGAUCAGUCAGAUAAGCUGAGUCUCUUUUUCUCUGUAUCGUUAAUCAUCUUUGGUUACUGUGAAAUUCCCUGGUCCAUAGAUUCUCCCCUUUUCCCUCUUUUUUUCUUCUGAACUCUGGAAACAUUUUUUCCAGUUACUUUCUUUUGCCUUUUCCACUGCUAUCACAGUCACCUUGACCUUGGGUAAAGUGCAAGGUCUUGCCUUCUGGAUACCUUCCUGCGGGUCCACCCUGUCUGCCAUUGGUCUCCUCUGCCUAGUAGCUACAUCUCCUGCCACCGCCCCCACUCUUCCCCAGAGGGGUAAACGGGCCUCUCAGCAGAACUGUGACCAAAAUCAGAGAUGCUGUUGGGGAAAGUUAACUACACAGAGGCACAUCCUGAUGGGAUUUGUCCCAGAAAUCUAAAUUCCAGAAGAAGUAGGGCACCAUACCUAAGAAGUUAAUUCAGCUUCAGAUGAGUUGCCAGGGGAUCGUAGAUCAGGAAGCUUGGAAACACCCUGUGGAUACAUCUUAGAAAGUCUGUAAAGUCACAUUCCAUGAAUUUUUGUUUCAUUACUGGCCAUAUACAGACCUUGGGGAAUAGUCUUAUUUUUUCCUUCAACUCAUUUCUUUUUCCUCCCAUCAUGACUCACCCCAUUUCCAGGCUUCAAUCCCCUGCAGUUAUCCUGGUCUAGCAAAGUUAUUUCUUUCAAAAGAGACGUUGCAUCUAACGAUGUUUAUUGAUGGUCUAGAGCAAGGCAGCUGGAGCAUGUUCAGGAAGUGAUCGGCUUGGUGCUUGAAAUCAACCGCAGACAAUGGACAAUUCUACUUUGAAAUGUCCAUGAAUAUUUACUGUAGAAUUCAAUUAAAACUUCUUUCCUCCCUAGCAUUCAAAUUACACAACUUUAAACUUACAAAGAACAAUGCCGCAAUGAAGGGAGAGAUCAUUGUCUUCUACUUAAACCUGAAAGAAUCAGCCUUUUAGCAGGCCAGGGAAAUGGUAUUUUCCAAGGAACAGUGACUCAUCCAGGCAUGUUAUCAAACGCCCUAGUCAUCUCCACCUUUCCUGUAUUGCCUAUGGCUUGUUGUUUAAGAAUCAGGGAGAUUAAGAAAUACUAUUUCAAGUCUUGCUCUGCUCACCUGUGUGUUUGUUAUCAAACAUUUCUUAUAUUUGGUGACCAAGAGAGAAUUACUUUCAUUCAUUUCAUCUCCGCCUUGGCAAAUGGAAGUGAUAAACCUCUGAGAAAGCCAAGACAUCCUUAACCACUAUCUGUCUUUUAUAUUUAUUUGAUGAUUCUAUGCCAGACUUUCAAGAAAUUCCUCCUCUUCCUUUUUGCUUAACUUUAAAAUUCAUUUCACGUGCAAAUGUCUAAUUAUAUGCAUCCUAUGAAUGAAUCAUAUCUUGAUCACUGUCAUAUUUCCAAGUGUCUCAUCAUGAGUGAAUAAUAUGUUUUUACCAGAGAGAGAAUGUAUGUUACCCACAUGCCCAAAUUAAUAAAGAAAAAUUGUCCCCAGCAGUGAUGGUUGCCCGUUUGGGUUAAAUCCGGCCCUAUGCUGGCAAAAGCAGAAAUUAUCCUUGUGAGAGUUCGGUAUCUCAAAAACAACCAUGGGAAAACUACCCCAAUCAACGAGUUUAGGCUUAAUAUUAAAGUUAACUGACAUAUAAUUUUCAAUAUCUUUACUUCUAUCAUCCCGGAUUAAAGAACUGUUCUCUAUUAUGUGUAGUCAGUUGCAAGUAAAUAGAUUUUUCUUUUGAACAAUUUGUUCUAUAGAAAGCUGUUUUUCACUUUUCCUUUUCUUUGCUUCUUUCCCUCUUUCCUUCUCUUUGUCUCAAGAAAUCACUUAGAAUCUGUGUGCCUCUUCUACAGAAUCUUAUUCUGCACUGUUACGUCGACUACUAGGCUGGCUUCUUUGGACUCCCUAUGUGAUAUGAUGAUGUGAAAACCUAAAAUAUUUGCAGCAUAGUAGUAUUACUUCUGAAGAUGUUCUCUUCAGCAUAACGUUAUUGUUGAAGAGGAAAGAUAACCCACUACAUAGGUUUCCCUCUUGUCUAUUGUGACUUGCAAGGAUAGAUACACUAACAGAAAAUGCUUUUUGACAUUAUAAAGACAUUAGAAUUUGUAUUUAAGUACAUAAAAGUUGAGUCAGAAUUACUUGGUCAGUAAGAUUCAAUUUAAUAAAGACAAUAUAAAGAAAGUACAUUAUUUAGCAUUAUUUCUUCAAAUAUGAUGGAUUGCUAUAGAAAUCAGCAGGCAGAGCUCUCUAAUGUGUAUUGAUUGUUCUUUUAAGCUACUGUAAACAGACUACUAAGGCCGUCUCUUCAUCUGUAAGGGGGGAAAAUAGUCUGUAGAUGAAUAAUGUGACUUAUGUAGAGUUGCAUGUUAGUCUUUGUCAUUAUUUACUCUUUAACAUUCUACAGACCUCAGACAUGAUUUCUACGCAGUGUGAGAUUCGUGCAUUUUAUUUUACUGACCAUCUUGUUCUAGCCAACGUAUGGUUAUCCACCCUGUGUGCCAAAACCAGUAAUGCCUUUCACGGCCCUUUAGUCCAGAGAAGUCCUGAGCACUGAUUUUAGUCUCUUGCUGUCCUGAUCCUACAAGUAUACCAAUCAUGAUGGAAUAAAGUGUGAGUUGUACUGUGA